AUUCAUCUUUGCCUUGAUCUUUCUUGUUCUCAUCGUUUCUGGUUCACGUUUACAUAUAUCUUCUUGGUAUCGCUUCGUCCAAUAUACCUCGUACCAGCUCUCACCCUCAAUAGCUUACCGCUUCGAGUCUAGCUGGCCUCUCAAGCAUGAGUUACGGCAGAUUUCCUCCUUAUGGUCCCGGCCAUUAUCCGCCCAGCGCCUACUAUGGUCGACCACGACCUCAUCCCCCUUCAGCUCGACCUCCGCAUGAUACGCUCUCUGCCUGGCCAACACCCGCUUUCGCUCAUCCGUCUCAUCCUUCCGCUCCGGAAGGUGCACAGCCUCAUUGGCCGGCCGUUACGGAUGAUCCCCAUCAUACCCCUUUUGGCAACCAUCCCGCCUCAAAUUACCCUGAGGAUGAACUAGCAUACCUUCCCUCAGCCCAUCCAACCCCAUGGGCCGCUCUUCCUCGCGACUUCCAACUCGAUGAGCCUGGUUGGGGUCAUGCAGCUGCCCGGACGGGUGCAUUUCCUCCCGGGAGUUGGUAUUCUUAUCCUCCCGGUGCCGAUCAUAUCACUGCUCGCAGACCUUACGCUCAACUCGAGCACUUUAGUCAAAACCUUGAUCAGCGCCAAAGCCGACUGCGCUGGCGUGAAGAGAUUCUGGAGGGAGAUCCAGAAAAAUCUAUGGCUGAUCAUGCCAUUGAGACCUCUACGCUCGUCAUCUCAUUUAUCACCAGAGGUCCGACCGAUCAUCCCCACGGUCAAGGGGACGAGAUACUUUUCUUCAAAGCACGUCGCA